AUGACCAACCCUCCGGCAGGGCCAUCCUCACCACAUGUAGACCCCGCGAUUUUUACGUCGUUGCAGACGAAAAUCGACGAAGAAAGCGCGAUUCGAGAUGAACUAAAAGCCCACGUCGAGAAUUUACAAAAGCAAAGUCGUCUUACUCAGUCAAUUCUGUCGCGGAUCCACAACACCUCCUCCUCCGACCUUGACGAUCGAAUUCUGAAACCUGCUGCGGAUGCACUGUCCGAACAGGCUGCCACCGUCAAGAACCUUGGCCAGUCCGCCUCCAAGUACCCUUUCUACAAGUGGAAUUCGAUCUGGCAAAGAGAUAUUCAAGCGGUAAUCAGCAGUAUACAACUGUCUGGCUGGCUGAAGAGCGGAAAUCUGGUCACUCUGGAAGAGGUUGGCCAGCGCUUGAACGUCCCCGUCAAUCUAAAGAGCGAAGACACCUUCCACAUUACCAUUGAAGAUUACCUCAUUGCGCUGACGAACACGAUCGAAGAACUUGCCCGCCUUGCCCCGAACGCAGUCACUCUGGGGGACUACAUGCGACCGCUUCAGAUCUCGAAAUUCAUCAAGGAUGUCCACGCAGGCUUCCAGCUGCUCAACCUGAAGAACGACAUACUUCGCCGACGAUCUGAUGGGGUCAAGUACUCGGUAAAAAAGGUGGAAGAUGUGGUGUACGACCUAAGUCUGAGAGGAUUGAUCCCGAAAUCUUGA